UUUUUUCAACAUAUGUUCAAAGCCUUUCACUUACAAUCGCAAUUUCCACCAUGGGAGAAGAGCUUCAUUUCCUUUUGAUACCAUUAAUGUCACCCGGCCACCUUUUGCCGAUGGUCGACAUGGCUCAUCUCUUAGCAACUCACGGCGUCACCGUUUCAAUCAUCUCCACACCUCUCAACGCCCUCCGUUUCACUUCCGUCGUCGACAGCGCCGUCACGUCCGGCCUCCGCAUCCAAGUGCAUCACCUCCCUUUCCCGGCGAAAGAGUUCGGCUUACCGGAAAACUGCGAGAACAUGGACCAACUCCCUUCUCGAGACUUAAUCAUGAACUUCUUAAUGGCAGCUAACGAGUUACAACAAAGAUUCGAAGAGCUUUUUAACAAGUUGAAACCCAAACCGAGUUGUAUGGUCUCCGGCAAGAACUUGCCGUGGACGGUGAAAACGGCGACCAAAUUCAAUGUUCCGCGGAUUGUUUUUGACGGCAUGGGUUGUUUUUCGUUCGUAUGUACACAUAAACUAGAGCUUUCAAAGGUUCAUGAAAUGGUAUCUGAGUUUGAAUCUUUUAAAAUUCCUGGUUUACUCCAUGAAAUCGAGCUUAAAAAAGCUCAAUUGCCGGAAAAUUUGAAUCCAGUUUCAAAUGAUUUGAUUAAUAUUCGAGAUAUUCGAAAAGCAGAGCUUGUUUGUGAUGGGAUCGUUGUUAAUACAUUCGAAGAACUUGAAAAUGAGUACGUUAAAGAGUUUAAAAGCAUUAAAGGCAAUGGUAAAGUAUGGUGCAUCGGCCCAGUCUCCGCUAUCAACAAGCUGAGCUCCGAUAAAGCUGAGAGAGGACAAAAACAGUGUCGUUUCGAAACCUUGCAGCCAUGGCUUGACUCGAAAGAACCUGGCUCUGUGAUUUACGCUUGUCUCGGUAGUAUAUCAGGGUUAACAAAAUGGCAACUUAUAGAGCUUGGUUUAGGUUUAGAAUCAUCUGGAAAACCAUUUAUUUGGGUUAUAAGAGAAAACCCAAAAUCAAAUGAAAUAGAAAAAUGGAUUUUGGAUGAAAAAUUUGAAGAUCGUGUUAAAGAUCGAGGGAUUAUAAUCCAUGGUUGGUCACCACAGUUAUGGGUUUUAUCUCAUCCUGCAAUUGGAGCUUUUUUAACUCAUUGUGGAUGGAACUCAACGAUGGAAGCUGUUUCCGCCGGUGUGCCAGUGAUAACGUGUCCUCUGUUUGCCGAACAGUUUAUUAAUGAGAAACUCGUCGUCGACGUGCUUGGGAUCGGCGUUAGUGCCGGCGUAGAAUCGGCGGUGACGUGGGGAUUGGAAGAUAAAUUCGGGUUGUUGAUGAAACGGGAACGGGUUAAAAACGCCAUUAAUGAAGUGAUGGAGAAAAGUGAAGCUGGUGAAGAACGAAGAAGAAAGGCUAAACAAAUUGGGGAAACUGCAAAUAAGGCCAUUGAAAAAGGUGGAUCUUCAUAUCAGGAGAUGGAGAUGUUGAUUCAGUUUGUUCUUCAACGAACUACAGAGGUAGCUCAAACUAGUUCUUAAUGGGUAAAUUUCUGAUAUUAGUCUCUGUAUUAUGUGCGAAUUUUGGAUUUAAUCCAUGUACUCUAAUUUGGUCGAAUUCAGUUGGUUAAAAUGUGCGUUCCUAUACUCCUCCUAAAUUUGAAAUUUAGUUCCUAUAUUUUUAUUUCAGGAAUUCAA